AUGGACCCUUUAGGGAGCUUUCCAACUAAAAGAAAAAGAUCUCCAAAGCGCAAUUAUCAACUAAAUCUUAAAGAUUCUCCAAAUAUUGAAGAUAAAAUACUUCAUAGGCCUGGAGCACUAAAAAUCCCCUAUUUCUAUAGUUUUCUGACAUCAUCAGGAAUCUCGAAAUCAGUUUGAUGCUUACCAAGUAUUCGUGCAGUUGCCCCUUAUGAUUAUAACAAUCAGCUAGUAACGUAUAAUUAGAUAACUUCGGAUUGAUUUGCAGGACUUAAUGACCAAGAAUGGCGCUUGCGGUUUGAAGCUGGAGAUAGAGGGUAUUGCAAUCUUUAUCUUGAAGUAAAAGUUGAUGAAAAUUUUGUUGCACAACAUGUUGAGUUUUCAUUUAUUAUAUACGUAACCAAAAAGACCGAUAAAGUGAGGAAGUUUGUGACAAAAAAUAAAAAAGAUACUUUUACCAAAGGAAAUAGAAUAAUUGGUUUUCCAAAAAUUUUAUCAUACAAGUUUAUUCAGUUGUAUUUAACAAAGCCUCUUUACAUGAUGACAGUUUUAAAGCCGGCUUAUGCCCCAGAGACAUGUAAGGACAUCACUGGCUAUGUUGGAUUAAUUAAUGAAGGUACAACUUGCUACAUGAAUUCUUUGCUUCAAACUUUAUUUCUUAUCACAGCUUUUAGGCAAACAGUUUAUUCUCUAAAGCCCACUCCAAAUGAUAGAAUCCCUCAAGCUCUGAAAAGACUAUUUAUGGACUUAAUCACCUUUUAAAUUGGAGCAAAAAUCUGUUCCAAUUUAAAGAGGGUUAAUUUUUUUUUACAAAAAUUUAUAUAUUAAAUGUUUCUAUUCAAAAUAAUAUUAUAAAAAUUAGUAUUCUUUCACCUUUAAUUUUUCUUUGUAAAAUUAUUUCGAUAAAAAAUGUUGAAAAAAUAGAAAUAAAACAAAAUAUUUUAUUUUAUGAAAAAAAUUAAUCGAUUACACAAUUAAAAAUGCCAGUUAGGAGUAGAGCUUAGGUCCUACAUCGGAGCUCAGUGAGAGAAAUUCAGAACUUCUUGAGAGUCUCGGCUCAAGAGAAUAGGUUUACACUGUGUCUGGGGUAGAUAAAAGAGGUCCUAAGGGGGGCUUGGGGACAGGAGCAGUUUGGCGGUUAAACUUAAACUUAAAUCAAUUAAUGUGAAACUGUUUAAAUAACAUUCUACUUACAUUUUGUAUAUUAAAUCAGGUUUUUACUAAUUCUAUAAAAUUUACCUAUUGAAAAAAAUUUGGUCGAAUUUAAAGAGCCAAGAAAUAGAAAUUUUACCGAUAUUUUUUGCAAUUAAAGUAGGAAGUUAGAAAAAAGCAGAUACCCCCCUUCAACUCAAGGACUAUUAAGAAGUUUUGGGUGAGCCAAAGAAGAGUGAAAAGUCCAGCAUGACGUCCAAGAAUUUAAUUAUACCCUAUCUGCUGCUCUGGAAAAUGCAAUGAAAGAUGAUGAGUCAAAAAACAGUUACUCAAGGCUUUUUAAAGGCAAAACUCUUCAAAACAUUUCGUGCUUAAAUGUGAAAUUUGACUCCAAAGUGUAUCAAGAUUUUAGUGAUGUGCAGCUAGAUAUUAAAUUUAGACAUGACAUAUAGCGCUUUCCCGAGGAUGGCGCGGAAUGGCGCCAUCCUCGGGAAAGCCAGGAAGGCAUCCACACGGGAACUGGGAGUUCCACGUGUGGAUGCCAUUUUGGCAUGUGGAAGUUUGGAUCCCACAUGCCAAAAAUGGCAUCCACACGUGGAACUCCCAGUUCCCGUGUGGAUGCUUAGUUGACUUUCCCGAGGAUGGCGCCAUUCCGCGCCAUCCUCGGGAAAGCGCUAUAUAUGAAAGUCUUGAUAAUUAUAUAGCACCUAUGGAGCUGAGAGGAGAAGACAAAUACGAUACUGAAAUUUAUGGUCUGCAAGAUGCAAUUAAAACGAUUAAGUUUGCAGAGCUGCCUCUGGUAUUACAAGUGCAACUAAAGCGAUUUGAAUUUAACCCAUUUAGUGGAGACAUGAAUAAAUUGAAUGACAGGUUCGAGUUCUAUGAUGAAAUUGAUUUAGAUAAAUAUGUGGUUGAUGAAAUAAAAGGAAAUAACAUUUAUAGGCUCUUCUCAAUUCUAGUUCACUCAGGAACUCCAGGCUUUGGGCACUAUUAUUCAUUUAUUUCUCCGAAGCUGGACAAUAAUUGGUAUAAAUUUAACGACCAAUCAGUUGACAAAGCAAUCCCUUCUCAAGCAAUUAAUGCCAAUUGAGGAGGAGAAAUGAAAGAUUUAAUCUUAUCUGAAGAUGGGCAAGUCUCUAUUGGGAAAGCACUGAGCAAUACGAAUGCCUAUAUGCUGAUAUACAUCAAAUUAUCUGAAAAGGAUCUAGUUUUGCCUGAUGCAGUAGAAAUCAACCAAAAUAAGCCAGAGGUUAUUAGCGUUGAAGAUGACCUUCAAGAAAUCAUAGCAGAAAUACAAAUAAUUGAAAACUGCCAAAUUGCAUUAUUAAGCAAGGAAAUGAUAACUGGAUACUCAGGAUACGGGAUAUACUCUUGAAAUGAUCCGUCUAAAUAUUAUACUUACUCGACAAAAAGGACCGAUACUGUGCAAGAAGUUGUUGACUCUUUAUUCAGUCAUCUGAAAAUUUCAAAAGUCUGGUAUUUAAAGCCUGGGGAAUUAAACUGAACCUUUUUAGAAGUGAAAAAUGAUGAAGAAAUAAGCCAAUUUUCUUUUGAAGGCGAUUUCAUCAGUCACGCUCUCUUAAUUGAGUCAAGAGAUGAUGUGUUCCGUUUUAUUGAUAACUCUUGAGAGAUUUCUGAAGCAAAUUUAGAAUCGCCCGAUCUUUUUGAUCAAAUGGAAGAGGAUUAUAACAGUCAAAAAGAAUGCGCAUUUGUGGUAAUAAAAGUAUAUGCAUUAAAAGCGUGGUGAGCCAGCCUGACUCCUAACGCUAUAGCCGUAGGUUCGUUGAGGAAGCUAGAGCUUUAUGGAAAAAGGUAGGGUUUGGAAAUGCGUAUCUGCAAGUUUUACUUCGUUUGGUGGAGCACAAUUUCAUGUUCAGCUUACUGCAUGCUCACGCCCACGCUUUUACCCUGGAGGAAAAGUAGUUUGCUAGCAAGGCCAGAGCCAGUAAUUUGAUCAAUUAGCAUUUUUCCAGCGCGAUACCAAGUGCUGAAUCCUGGGCUUCUUAGUCUAUCUUGGCCGACAGUUUGACUAGAAAAUUUCGAAAAACGAAUUUUCUGGAAGACAAGCUAUUUGAUAAGGCAUGGUGAUCCCGUCUCUGUCUCUCAUAUAGCGACUGCAUGCCUCCAUACUUGAGGAGCAGCAUAGUGGGAGGCUGGGUCCGGAAUGGCAAGCAAACGUUGGAUCUGAUGCAGAAGCGAUAGUAGUCUGCCGAUCUUCAGGGGACUUCUCUAUAUAAUUUAAGUUAAGUUAAGCAGUAAUAAAAGCUUUUGAUGAAAAGUCUUUGAACAUUGUGGAUGCAGAUAUGAUAUACGAGAAGAAUUCUACUGCAUUAUGCCAAAAAUUAUCACUUAAAUAUUUAAAGCCGCCAAAUGAUUCUUGGCUAUGCAUUGAAAAAAGCAAUCAUAAUGAAAUUUCGGUACAUCAACUUAAAGGAGCUCUUCACUAUGCUUCUCAUAAUAAUGGAAGCACAUCUAUUAAUAACGGUGAUGUAAUUAUUAUUGGAAAAGGAAACCCUGAUAGUGCUUGUGAAAGAAUACUUGAUUUUCAAAACUCGAUUGAAGUUCAAUUCACUUAUUAUGAUUCCCUUGCUUGCUUUAAUUUCCCUACUCAUUCAAAGCAGCUAUUUGAUACAUUUAGCUUGCCUAAAUUCAUUGACUCAUCAAUAAAUAAAAAAUCAAGCCAGCUUCAAAUAAUGAAAAAAAUUGCUGAUGCGCUGCAAAAAGAGUGCCCGUUUAUCUCUGCUAAUCAUAUCGAUCUAUUAGAUCAAAAUCUUGUAUCUUACAGAUUUACUCCGUUUUUUGAUAUGAAUAGCGUUUUGCAAAAUGGAAAAAUAUUUUAUGAUAUUUCCGAAAAUGACCUUCUUUCAUCUUUAGAUAAAUUGCCUUUGCGCGUUGUUUGCUUUAACAAUGAUUUUGAGCCCAUUGCUCCGAUAUCAAUGCUGGUAAACAAUGACCUUAUUAUUGGAGAGGUUGCAAAACAAAUUGGCUAUUGUUUAACUAAAGAACCAAAUUCGAUUGAAUUGUUUUUAUAUAGUAUCAACGAAAAAAUAUUAUUAUCAAUGCUUGAUCCCAAUACAAAAAUUGAAUCAAUAAAAUUGUUUUCUGAGACAUUGAUAGGCACAAGGGUGAAAAGCGUAGAAGAAAUGCAAGAAGAAAUGCAAAAUGAAAGCAAAAUCAAGCAUAAAAUUCUCGUUUAUGAAAUAAUGAAGAAUGGGAAGCCUAAAGGAAAGCCUUAUUUCAUUUUUGUUAAAGUAAUUAAUAUUUAGAAUACUGAAACAUGCCAACAACUAAAGCAAAGAAUACUUGAUAAGCUUGGUCCUCCUUAUGACUUUUUACUAAAAAUCGCAAAGCUAGAUACACAAAUGAAAAAACAAAUGGUUGUUGGCGAUCUUGGUGGCUCACAAGAGAUUUUUAUUAAUAAGUUUGAGAAGCCAAUAAUCGUGAUAACGCAUACUUCAAUUGUGAAUUUAUAA